AGUAUUUGCUGAGAAUAUGAAUCGUUUGACUGUGAGUUUCAUUGGGCUGUUGGCCUGCCUGGCCGCUUGCCAGGGCAUGCCCGAGCAGGAGUUUCCCUUUGGCCGCAUCGUCAACGGCGAGCCAACCACCAUUGAGGCUCAUCCCUAUCAGGUGUCGCUCCAGACCCUUAAGGGAGCCCAUUUCUGCGGCGGCAGCCUGAUCGACGCCCAGACAGUUGUCACCGCUGCCCAUUGCCUGCAGUCCUAUAAGGCGAACGAGAUCCAGGUUCGUGUUGGCUCUACGGAUCGUAAUGCGGGCGGCGAACUUGUCACCGUUGCCAACUUGAAGUACCACGAGGGCUACAACAGCAAGCAGAAGGUCAACGAUGUUGCCGUGAUCAGACUAAGCUCUCCCGUUCGCCAGUCCGCCAAGGUGCGCUUUGUGCCGCUGGCCCAGGCGACGCCACCAACGGGCACACCUGCCGUCGUCACCGGCUGGGGCACCACCUGCUUCUUGUUCUGCUCAUCGACCACCAUCCUGCAAGAGGUUCAGGUUGAUUUGGUUACGAAAUCAGAUUGCGACUCGGAUAAAUAUUCCUAUGGAAGCGGAAAGAUCUUGGACACCAUGGUCUGUGCCUACACCGAGAAGAAGGACGCCUGCCAGGGUGACUCGGGUGGCCCCUUGGUCGCCAAUGGUGAGCUCGUCGGCAUUGUGUCCUGGGGUCAGGGCUGUGCCCAGGUCAACUAUCCUGGCGUCUAUGCUGAUGUGGCCUCUCUUCGCUCUUGGAUUGUG